ACACAAGCGCAGGAGGCAGAGCUGUGGAAUUUGGCAACAAAGAUUCGAAAGCAUCACCAACUCUCCCAAUGGCGAUAUGGAUUGACAGAUCACCCCGCUGACGUAAAUGAAGAUAUUUCGAAAAAAGGUCCAAGUUUAGAAUGACAAGAGGAUGACAAAGUGCGGAAAGAAUUUUCAUUUUUGGGUGAACUUUCCCUUUCAAGAUCCGAGAGGAGGGAAUAGCCACACACAGGAGUGUAUGCUAGGCUGUGUGUGUGGGAUUCCACCACUCCUGUUACUCUAACCACAACACACUCUCCCAACCACCCUACCACAAUGUCACGAAGGGAACGGCCGUGGUCGGUGUAUAGAGCGGACACACAGGAGCUUUCCUCAGAGAUGCUUGGCCUAGCAUUAGCAGGAAACAGCCAAGACCCAGAUGAGCCAGUAUUGGAGUUCAGUCUCGUCUGCAGCAAGCUGACCACCCCGUCCCUGGACCGAAAACCCAACUGUUUUGUCGCUGCGAGCUGUACCACACCUCCUCAGGCUUUUUGGACCAAACAUGCACAGACAGAGAUCAUUGAGGGUACAAAUGACCCCAUGUUCCUCAGCAGCGUUGCUUUCUUCCAAGACUCCAACAUUAACCUGCAUACACAGGUCAAACUUUCUGUUUAUGAUGUAAAGGAUCGCUCACAAGGAACGAUGUACCUUCUGGGCUCAGCGAUGUUCCCGGUGAAGGAACUUCUGGAUGAAAAGAACCACAGACUUCACUUACCUCUCAGGUCAGCAGAAAACGAUCAUGUAGGAAGUAUUUUAGUUAUCGCCUGGCAGCUCGAAGAGAAGAGAGAUCACCAGACACCCAUCAAACAACUGCAAGAAACCAUUAACGGCAGGACCGUCCUUCCUGUGGACGAGAGUCUGACAGAGUCAGUGGGAGUUCGAACAAAAUAUGCUUCACUGUGGAAAGAUAACUUUCUACGAUCUGUGUUUGGGGGCACCAUGUCUCGCAUGUACCGUUUUCCGACGACCGACGGGAAUCAUUUACGCAUCCUGGAACAGAUGGCCGAAAGCAUCUUAUCGCUCAACAUCCCACGUCAGUUCGUCAAACUCUUACUGGAAGAGGAUUCUGCCAGAGUAUCUGAGCUGGAGGAGUUGGGAGAGUUGUCUCCGUGUUGGGAGAGUCUUCGGCGACAGAUCGUGACGCAGUACCAGACCAUUCUUCUGACUUAUCAGGAAACGCUCACAGACCUGCAGGACUAUAAAGGUCCAUCAUUCAAAGCCAGUAAUCGAAAAGCUGAGAGGAAGUUGGAAUUUAUGGCCACCAACCUCCACGUGCAGAGAAUGAGAGUUCAGGACGAGUCGGUCUUUGAUCACACUUAUGAUGUGGUCACGAUCGGCGCCCCUGCAGCUCACUGCCAAGGCUUCAAAAGUGGCGGUCUGCGGAAACUCCUGCAAAAAUUUGAGGAGGCCAAAAAACUCAUUUAUGAGGAGGAAUGCAGUGCUCUGUCCAGCUCCCAAUCCAUCGUCUACAUCCCUCAGGAUAUUGUCCGUGCCAAAGAGAUCAUCUCCCACAUCAACACGCUCAAGACUCAGGUCAGCUACUAUGCGGAACGGCUGUCUCGUGCCGCGAAGGACCGUUCCGCUAAUGGCAUGGAGAGAACUCUUGCUAUCCUGACAGAUAAGACACGGCAGUUGGUGACGGUGUGUGAAUGUAAGCUCCUGGCGUCUGCAGUGCAGGCCCUGAACGCAGCCAGACCGGAGUACAUCGCCUCAAAAAACUCCCCCUCGGCUGACUUGGAGCAGGUGGUGCUGAGGAACGACCAGGACACACUGUUGGCCAAGUGGAGCGGGAGGAACAGUCGCUCGUCCCUCCACGUCGAUUGGCAUGAGGAAGAAUGGGAAAAUGUGUGGGUGAAUGUCGACAAAAGUCUGGAGUGUAUAAUCCAGCGAGUGGACAAACUGCUGCAGAGGGAUAGACUGCGCAGCAGCAGCAGCGAGGACAUGUUCCAGGCUGACCAGCAGGGCGGCGCCACUAAGAAAGGUAACAGGCGAAAAAAAGCAUUCUGGAUCAAUCCUGUCUGCAUGGAGGAGUCUUCCUCCCCCCCUGAACCAGAGCGGCAGUCACCCUCACCACCACCACCAUCAUCACCACCACUCUCAUCCUCACCACCUGAUCUGAACCCUGCAUGUCCUGCUAAUGCAGAAACAUAUGCCUUCCCUCUAGAUGGCAGCAGCAGUAGUGGAGAGGAGAGUUACCCAGGUGAGUGGAGUGAGGCUCUGUAUCCCCUGUUGACUACCUUAACGGAGUGUGUGGCCAUGAUGAGUGACAAGGCCAAGAGGUCCAUGGUUUUCCUGCUUAUGCAAGACAGCGCCCCCACCAUCGCAAUGGACCUUAGUCUGCAGUAUCGGCGAGACGUGGUCUUCUGCCAGACACUCACAGCACUGAUUUGUGGCUUUAUCAUCAAGCUGAGAAACUGUCUCCGUGACGACGGCUACCUAAGACAACUGUACACCAUUGGUCUGCUCGCUCAGUUUGAGUGUCUAUUAAGUACUUACGGAGAGGAGUUGGCUAUGUUAGAGGACAUGAGUGUGGGAAUAAUGGACCUUCGAAACGUGACGUUCAAGGUGACGCAGGCCGUCUCUACCUCAUCUCCCGACAUGCUUCCUGUAAUCACCGGAAAUCGAGACGGGUUCAACGUUCGGAUCCCUCUCCCAGGGUGCAUGUUUGAUGCAUUGCCGAGAGAGAUUCAGAAUGGCAUGCUGCUGCGGGUACAGCCGGUGCUGUUCAACGUAGGCAUCAACGAGCAGCAAACACUUGCAGAGAAGUUUGGAGACACGUCACUUCAGGAGGUUAUCAAUCUGGAGAGUCUGGCACGACUGAAUUCCUACUACCAGCAGUUCAAGGAAGUUUUACCUGACGACUGUCUCCCUCAAUCUCGUAGUCAAACGUGUCUCCCAGAACUACUGCGGUUCCUCGGCCAGAAUGUUCAUGCUAGGAAAAAUAAAAAUGUAGAUAUCUUGUGGCAGGCUGCUGAGAUUUGCCGGCGUCUGAACGGAGUUCGCUUUACCAGCUGUAAAAGUGCAAAGGACCGCACUGCAAUGUCGGUGACACUGGAGCAGUGCCUCAUCCUGCAGCACGAGCACGGCAUGGCCCCGCAGGUCUUCACACAGGCCCUGGACUGCAUGCGCAGCAUUGGGACCAGGGAGGGGGUAAUUCAGAAGAACCUGAGCGGCUUAAUGCCCGUACGUGACUUCAGGCUGGACCCCAGUCUGCUGUACUCUCUGCCUCUUCUGGCCCUGAGCCCAAACCUGCUCAUCGUCUGGGUGUUCCUCAGCAUAGCCUACCUGCUGGCCAAACUCCGCUGCAGCUGAACCAGAUUUCCUUAUUUCCCACUCUCUCUUCCUCGCUCCAGCUCUCUCAGCACUUUUUCUCUGUUCCUCCACUCAGUCACUUCUCUGUGUUGAGUAGAAAAUGCUGAUUUCUCUUUGGCUGAUAGCAGCUCUUCCCGCUAACAGCCAGCCUAAAGGUCUUGGUCUUUCCUCCUGCCUUACCUAUAUAUAUUUCUCUAUCCUCUCUCCCUUGGUAAUUUUGGGUGAUAUUAAUAAAAACCUGAUGGAUUUGUACAUUUAAUUGUGAAAUUACAAGUAAUAUGAAUUAUUUUAGGGGGUGCAUUGAACAGAUAUCCAUAUAUAUAUAUAUUUAAGACAUUAAUUUAUUGAUUCAAUAUUCUUAUAAUAUCAAAUUUAUUUGUGUUAAAUACUUAAUUUCUCGUAUAUGCAAUAUAUGAGAUUGUUUCUGUAAAAAUAUCCUAAAAUUCCUGUGAUUUUAUUUAUUUUUACGUCUUCCAUGUGUUUCUAUUUAAAUGCAAUGCUAAGGCCUUGCCAAAGCUAAUCUAAAGCAUCAUCGCGCUUUAAAAAACGUACCGCACUUUAGGGUGUUAUGUGUGCCCAUGUCUUCCCACGUUUAGCACGAGAUUUGCUCUUUUAUUGCACAACAAAUGAGACAAUUAAAUCUGGCCAUACAAGAUUGUAUAUUAUAUCAGGGAAAUUUAAAUAUACGGUUAAGCUAAAACAAUUGCUUUUUUAUAUUUUUACUUGAAAGUUGUUUUCAAUGCUGGCUGACAGGAGAUGAUUGGCAGUCAAUUUAUUUGAUAUAUUUGUCAGAAUUUUGUGUUUUUUGGUUUAAGGCAAUGUUGAAAUACGUUUUAGACUGUAUGUGAGGCAAGCUGUGGAUUACUACAUACUAGGGAUGUCAAAAUGCACUUAGCCCACGAUGCAAUUCACGAUACUGAUAUCAUCUCACUGUAUGAUUUUUUUUCUGAGACAAAUAAGAAAUUAUAACUGCUCUUUUAUUAUUUCUCAAGGAUGCACAUUUGUAAAAUAAAAAUAUAUUUUAUGUCAAAUAACAACUAAACUGCUAUUUUAAAACAAAUUCCGAAUCAAACAAAAACUGAAUUAUACAAAAGUCUCUUUAAUAUAAACAAACUAAGACUUCUGUGCUUUUAAUAGCUGGGAUUUUAAUAAAUGUCAGCUUAUCCAGGUUCACCAGGUUUGCAAUAAACACAGCGGCCCCUGCUGUUCAAAUCAUGUAUUGAGGUUUAAUUAAAACUUGUUAACAUAGAACAAGUGAGCAUGUGUAGUCAUUAAACAUUUCUCAUUUGUGCAAAGGGUAAGGAAUGGGAAGAAAGGAUGCAAACUGCACCUGUUACUUUGCAUAACCAUGAGUUAAUCUGUCCAUAACUAUAUCGUAGAUAGAUACAUAGAUAAGAUCUCUGUAAUACAAUACUUCAUAUAAAUCAGUGAGAUGAUUAAAUGGAUAGCAAAUGAUUUUGAAGACACUUGCGUCUCAGAUGUUUCGACUAGGAGAAAGACAUAGACUUUUAUUGCAAGUUCCAAGUUUAUUGUCAUUUUGAAAUUGUUGCCUUUUAUUUUGUUGUUUGGUUGUUUUACAUCUACACGUAAGAUGCAGUCUAACUAAAGUUUACAGUCUGUGUAACUACAUUUUUACAAACCCCAUUUUUUAUUUAUUCACUUACUUUUCACACACAUAUUUUUACUUAAUGCUUGUAGCUCAUAUUAACCUUAAUAUGAACAUUGCUGAACAACAUGUUUUAUUUGUUUCCAGAUUAUUGCCUGGUGUAAUUGACAGCAUGCAUCAAAUUCUGUGUUUGAUCCUUAAAUAAGAUUUGAUCUGUUUAGAUGUGUUGUUCAAGAAUGAUGACUAGAAUGUAUCUGCUUUUGCCAAAAAUACAGUCAUCGCUUUUCAUGAUGUGUAGGCUAUAAUGUUUUGACUUUCUUCCCUUUUUUUAUGUGUAAAUAUUUACGGAUAUAAUUGGACGUUGCAGUAUUUUUGCUGGACUGUUUUUUCCUGUUUUCUCUGUGCCAAAAUGAAAAUGGCCUCUUUGUACUUUGUAAAGUUGUCAGGCCACAUGUCCCAGCUGGUACUAUAGCCGUUUACAUGCUAUCUUUUACAGGCUGCAAACAUGUUUUAACAAGCAACUUAAUGACCCACUUAAGAAAUUGACCACCUCAUUCUCCAUUUGAGUCAUAUUUGGGGACGAAGGGGUUCAUUUAUAGUACUUUGUCAGGGUGACUCUGUGAGUCUGUUUAUGUGAUCAAAUGUGGGUCAUGAAACUGCUUAGUUUCAUUUAAAAAAAUUAUGUUUUCUAGAUGUUUGAGUAGGAAAUGGAGGUUUUAAUGACUACGUUGUGUUAGUAAGAUUAAAGUAGUAGAUUAAAGAUUAGAAAGAAUGGAAAGUACAGCCGUUAAUUUAGGUUUUGAAGCAUUGAUAAAUGGUUUUGCACGAUAGGUUUGAAUCAGGAUUUUUUUUUAAAACGUUGUGUUUAAAGAUAUUAAAUGUUUAUGUGGACUGGUUAGAUUUGAUGAAUGCAUAGAUAGCUCUAUUUAUUUUGGUCAAUCAUAUUUUAGAAUGAUAAUAUACAAUAUGCAGCAUUGUUGGUGUUCUUCCUCUUACAGCAUUUCACAUUUUUCAUACAGUACAUAGUUUUGAUAUAUUAAUUUAAAUGAUAUUAAAAUAUAACCUUGUAUAAUAGAAUUGAUCGCUAUAGAUUUAUUUGCUCUGUGUAAUUUUACACCUGAACACCUGAAGGGUCAUUAAAUAUAGCAUAUUUAAAGGUUUCCAUUACAAGUAGCUUCAAUGAGGAGUAUGUAAUAUGAAAUUGAUACUUUACCAUCAACGGAAAUGUCAUCAUACACUCACCCUAGUGUCUUUAGAAACCAUCAAGACUUUCUUCUGUAAAACACAAAAGGAAUUCAUCAAAAUUUCACACUGCUCUUUUCUAUAUAAUAUAAGGCCAAUUGUGACCAAAACAAAGCUGUAAAAUGGCUUUAGACUAAUGUGUCAGCACAUUAUACCAACCAUUAAUAUGUACACAAAAUCAGUAAAUAAGGAAAGUACAUCAUGAAAUCUUAAUAAGACAGGGACAUGUGCAAUAGCUGGCAUUUAUCAAUCUAUUUGUUUACCACGGAUACGCAUUCAUACACAGUCGAUGCAGAUUGCGAAGAUCUUCGAGAUUUCACUUAUACCAAUUUUUUUCUUCAGUACAGAGCAUUGACUGCCUGUGUCUUAAAGUCUUAAAAGUUGAGGGCUCAUUGGCAUGUUUGGUUGUUUGUGAUGUGUUUGUGUACUUAUUAUUGCGUACCCAUAAUGCACCUGCUUUACACUGCUUAAAGUUACACUGCUGUUUUUUGUGGCUGUGAUCAUUUUUGCUCGUCAUUUUAAACAUGACUUUACGUUUGGUUUGUUUUUUGUACUUGUGUUUACACACCUUAACCCCGCCCCUUUUCCCCGCCAGUGAGGGCUGCCGCCGUGAGAAUACUGUGAAGAACAUUGGAUGUCGCAAGUAUGCCUUUAACUGCCUCCAGCUCAAGGCCUUUCCUAAGUAUUACAGACCUCCUGAUGGCACUUUUGGAAAAGUGGAGACCUGAUGUGAUGACA